GGAAGUCGAUGUAUUUCUCACUAAUACCGAGUUAUUGACCAAGUUUAAAGAUUAAAAUGCAAAUUCGAUGUAUUGUUAGAAAACAUGACGAGGUUUUAUAAUGAAAAAAAUUAAUUUUGUCUGGGUUUUAUUCUGAGUUUUGAGCGAUAACCGGAAGUCUGUGUCCUACCAUAUUUGUAAAAUUUCUCAAAUUACCCUCUGCAAAGGUCGAUUUUCUCGUUAGUCAAAUAAUUUAUGGAACCUGAAACCUAAGAAAUGUCUUCAAGAGCAGGUCCCCGUGCUGCUGGCACUGAUGGUAGCGAUUUUUCACACAGAGAAAGGGUUGCAAACCACUACAAAAUGAGUGCAGCAAACAAGUCUCGCAUGCGCACCGUCGCCAUGCUGCACUUCAGUCUGUUCGUCUUGAUGCUGCUGCGGCUUUCAGCCAGUCUUUUACCGGCCAUCAACAUCAAACCGCCGAAAACCCUCGAAAUAUUCCAUUUUCCAAACCCAGAACUCUGGGAGUACGCCUGGCUCGUCAGUAUUCUCGCGAUGGGAUUCGCAUGGUCCAGUUUAGGAAAGAAUCGGGUAUUUCUUUUAAAACAGUACAUCAUCGGCACAAUAGUAUUCGGGUUUGCUCCAAUUAUUUACGGAGUGUAUGAGAAGGCUUUCGACCUCUUGGAUUACGCACAAACUAGAAAACCGAAAUCUGCUGUUGGAGGAGUUCCGCUCGUCGUCCUCUGGUUUAUGUUUUUCACUAUCGCUGUUCAGGUUCAUGGAUUUGGUGUUUAUUUCUCAAUGCAACUCUUGAAAGCUUGGCAACCACAAAGGACCGACAAGAAAACGAAAUAAAACCGCAUGUGGAGAUUACAUUUUUAAACUUCUUGGGAGUUGUAUAAUUUAUUACAUCAUUCAGGCGUGGCUUUGAGUGGGAGUAUUCAAAUUUUGGAUACAAAAAUGCCUGAUUUACAUGUUAAAUACUCUGCAAAGAAGUGAUUUAAAUCGCCGCGAUCUGUUGCAUUAUUAGGAAUAAGAUCAAGAUUGCAGGUCGCAGUGAUUUCAAAUUGCUCAUUUGUGGGGCGUUUUAGCACUUGAUAGUUCUCCUGAUCCAAAGAAGAAAACAGCACGCUGUUGUUUGCGUGCAUACAAGUGUACAGAAGCAUUUUGGAAUAGGACUUGUACAGUUGAUUAUUACGCUUUGCUUGCCUCGUCCAGCUUUACAUACGCCGAGUGAUGGGUGAAGUAGGUAAAACACUUGGAAAUGUCGGUGUCUUGACUUAGGUUGUGAAAGGGUACGAUUUCAAAGUGGUGAAAUCAGUGGUGUCAACAAAACUGUGAAGAAGUCAGAACUAUUUUAGUGAUUAUUACAAUCAAAUAUGCAAAUCACUGCCAGAAAGUUGUUUUUACUUUACAUUUUCUAUGCUUAUGAAUGUGAGUAGUUCCUGUGGCGAUUGAACAGUUUGUCUAAGUAAAAAUUGUUUGAAAGGACUGCAUCAAAUGAAUGUUUUCCAAAAAUGUUCAGAGUGACGUCACAUGUUAAAGGUUGCUGAGAAUAUGCGAGUUUAAGUUAACAAUUUGUGCAUUGAAAAUGGAAUAAUAUUUUCUUUGACAUUCUGAAUAGAAUAUUGUCGCAAUGCUUGUUGAAUGUAUUAAUUUAACUGCUCAGUUUUGUUUUUGUCUGUUUUUAAGUUUACCAGAGGUUGCGUCAUGCUCCUUGGUUGUUUGUUUGAUGACAAGAAUAAAAUUAUCCCAUCCAUCUCAAGAAA